AUGCCUAAGGAGUGGCCCACUAUCGUCAAGCUCGAGACCUUCAUCCCCAGCGCCCACGGCUCGGGCGGUGACUACCACCGUCAGGGCAACGAGCACUGGAUCGUCCAGGGUAACAUCUCGUGUCCCAUGCACAAGUACGACGAGUACCGCUCGUCGCGUACCUCGUGGGGUAUCGGUGUCCUCGGAUCGAUCUUCGUCCAGGUCACUGCCUCGGACGGCACUGUCGGCUACGCCACCGGCUUUGGCGGUCCCCCCGCGUGCUGGCUCAUCGAGGAGCACUUCAAGCGCUUCGUCAUUGGCCAGGACCCCCGUGACACCAACAAGAUGUGGGACAUGAUGUUCCGUGCCUCGAUGUUCUACGGCCGCAAGGGUCUUCCCCUCGCCGCCCUCUCGGUCGUCGACCUUGCCGUCUGGGACCUUAUUGGCAAGAUCCGUGGCGAGCCCAUCUACAAGAUGAUCGGUGGCCGCACCAAGAAGGACAUUCCCCUGUACCUCACCGGCCCCAAGCCCGCCGUUGCCAAGAAGCUCGGCUUCUGGGGUGGCAAGGUCCCCCUCCCCCACGGUCCCCCCGACGGACUCGAGGGUAUCCGCAAGAACGUCGAGUACCUGAAGAAGUGCCGCGACGACGUGGGACCCGACUACCCUAUCAUGGUCGACUGCUACAUGUCGCUUGAUGUGCCUUACACCAUCGAGGUCGUCAAGGCCGUCGAGGACGCUGGCGUCAAGAUCAACUGGUGGGAGGAGUGUCUCCACCCGGACGACUUUGACGGCCACCUCGAGCUGCACAAGGCCCUCCCCCACAUCAAGUUCACCACCGGCGAGCACGAGUACACCAAGUACGGUUUCCGCAAGCUCAUCGAGAACCGCGCUGUGGCCAUUAUCCAGCCCGACGUCAUGUGGCUCGGUGGCCUGACCGAGCUCAUCAAGGUCGCCAACCAGGCUGCCGCCUACGACAUUCCCGUCAUCCCCCACGGCUCGGGCCCUUACUCGUUCCAGGCCAUCAUGUCGUUCCCCAACUCGGACUUCUGCGAGUACAUUGCCAACUCGCCCGACGGAGAGUCGAUCCACCCCUCGUUCGGCAACCUCUUCACCAACGAGCUGCUCCCCACCAACGGCCGCAUCCAGCUCUCAGACGAGCCCGGAUGGGGUCUCACCCUCAACCCCAAGGCUGAGCUCAUCCCUUACAAGACCUUCUUCUCGCCCUCGGCCGGCAUUGGCUCGGCGGGUGAGGCCCGUACCGAGGAGGAGGAGAAGCGCUUUGCCGGAAAGGUCGCCAACGGCAACUAG